AUGGCGCACUUCUCGCCAGCGGACGACGUGGUCUUUGCAAGCCCGGAAUACAGGCUCGCGCCCGAGCAUCCGGCGCCCGCAGCUGCAUACGACGUGUAUGCAGGGCUACAGUAUCUCGUCUCACAUGCGAUAGAGUUGAAUAUCGACUCGGCAAGAAUCAUACUCUAUGGAAACUCAGGCGGCGCAGCGAUUGCGGCGUCAACCGGCCUGCUCGCACGUCAGCUCAACGGUCACAAAGUAGCCGCGUUACUACUGAACAUUCCGAUGCUGGACGAUAGGCACGAAGACUAUGUGAGUGCAAGUCAGUUCCGGAGAGAAACAAUAUGGCCUGGGUGGACGGAUGAGUGGGCCUGGAAUGCUAUCUUGGGGUCGGACAGGAAUGAUCCCACGGGCGUGAGGGUUGCCGGUCGGGCUGAAGAGCUAUCGAAUCUACCGCCAACAUUCAUUGAUGUUGGUGCCUGCGAAGUCUUCAGAGAUGCGGCGGUCAAGUUUGCGACCAGGAUUUGGCAGGUUGGAGGAACCGCUGAACUACAUGUGUGGCCGGGGGUGUACCAUGGGGCCACCAUGUUUGAGCCGCAGAUUGCCGUUGGAAGAGAAAUGGUGCGAUUUCAACAAGGGUUUCUGCAUAGGAUACUGGGGAUGAGCGAAUGA